CACAGACUCUGCAUUGAACAGAGGAAACGGAAAAGACGAAACAUAGCCUGCAAGAAGGUUUGUCAUUUCAAAACCCAGAGGCUGUGGAAAGAGCACAGACGCCCUCUUUAUUCCCACAGCCUGGCUGCUUUUAUUGGACUUUACGCACUCCGCUAAAAAGUUCCACUUCCACUUUUUAAACCAUCUUUUCUCCAGCUGCAAACAGCUGGAGAGAAGACAUCCGCCCUGUUUAGAGAGAGAGAGGAAGCUUGAGUGUGAGCGGAGAAAGGAGCAGAGGACAGAGAGAGGAAUGGAAGGCCAACCAUCCCAGGUGAGGAAAAACAUCUCCAAAUUCCUCAGGAGUUUCCUUGGAAUCAUCCGGAUCCUGCAGAUCGUUUUCGGAGCCGGACUGUGGAUCACAGUCGCUGCCAACAAGUACGAAGGCUCCAUCCACUUUGUCCUGUUCGUCGCUGUCCUCUUCUGGCUCCUCACCCUCGCCCUGUUCUUCAUCACCCUCCUGGACAAGCAGGACCUCGUUCCUUUGCUGGGAGGAGAGCGCUGGUUGCGCACCAACCUGACGCACGACGUGGUCGCCACUGUGCUUUACCUGUCGGCCAUAGGAAUCAUGAUUUAUAAGACUCGUACCAACUCCUACUGCAAUCUGGAGCAGUAUCAGCACUACUGUCUGUUCAAGGUCUACCUGACAGCGGCUGUGUUCGCCUGCCUGUGCUGCCUGACCUACCUCUUAUCGGUCAUCUAUGGAGGAUACAGGAGGAGCCGAGGAGAACAAACUGUCAUCUGAUGACACUGAUUCUGGGGAUGGAAGAGGAGUAUCCAUUGCAAGAUGAGGAAUAGUCCCCUUCACUGUAAUUCAACUCAAGACCACCCCUACUGUCUCCCAUUGCUGCUUGAAAGCAGCUACAGGUAGAAUCCAGGAAUACAAAUAGAAGAUGUCACAUAAUGUGUGGAUGGUUUCUUCCAUUUCUAACCUAAAAAAUAAUUAAAUCAGGAUUUUGUAAGAUAAAAAAAAAUUUCACAGCUACAUCCCUAAUACACAUUUUUACUUAGCCUUACAUCCUAAGGACGUUGCCAGUUGCCAUUUUUAUAUAUUUUUUAUCUUUUGUAUUUACGCCUUUUUGUAAGCUGAUAUCCAUGGAUAAAAAGACUCAGCUGUUUUUGUUUCGUCUUUAACUCAAACAUCCAGUUUUAACUUCUGUCAGAAUGCUGUUCAAAGAUGAGACAGUAUCAACCUCUUUUCACAUGGAUGUAAACGGUGCUGCAACAUGUUUUGCUGAAAAUAUAUACUCCUUAUAUAAUUUUAAAGAGCAGGAAUAAACACGACUUGGUUGAGAAUA